AUGACCACCUUCCACCUCACAUUUCCUCGUAGAACCCAAGCGGAGCUGAACAAGCGGAUUAUCGACGGUAUCACAAAGUACGGGGCCAUGUCGUCUUCUACCAAGAUAGACGUAUUCGUACAGCGGUUAAGGGAUGCCUGGGCUAUCAACCCAUAUGAGAAGGUGGUGGUAUUCUCUCAGUUCGUGGGAUUCCUGAAGAUUGUGGAGUCUAUCCUGCAACGUGAGGAUGUAGACACUCUGAUGUAUAACGGGUCGAUGUCGAUAGCCG